AUGAAUAUAGACCAUCCACUGCCUGAUAAUGAUGAAAACACGCAUGUUUUGCCCAUAGGCCAGUUAGAUUCGGCCCCCAUGCAUAGUAACCGAAAGCCACUUUCAAGGAGUAUUAAGAUUGAAAAGAACCAAGAUUUUGGUCAAGAAGAGGAUACAAUUCAACAAGCAAACGAAGAUACCCCAAAUGAUUUCCAAGAUGGAGAUGACUUCGAAAGUGAUUUUCAUGAACAUAACACAUCUCAUACUAAUCCUGAGCCAGUAUAUCACGAAGAAAACAAAGAGAAACCAGUUAAAAGAGGGAGAGGUAGGCCUAGAAAGAUUGUCAAAGAUGAUGAAAUUGAAGCUGCACCUAAAAUAAAACGGAAGAGAGGGAGACCACGAAAAGGCACAGAGGAGACUUCUCGUGUCGAAGAUAACUUGGUUGAAACCCCCAGAAGAUCAGCAAGAAUACACAAGAAAGAUAUUCCUAGCUAUAGAAUUGAGAAAGAACCUGAUGACAAGACAAGUUCCAAACCAACUCAUCGUAAGCGCAAAGCUUCAAGAUCAAUUAUUCAUGAAAACAAAAAGCCGGUUUCGCUUGUAAAGAUGAGACCCAACGAAACCCAGAAACCAAUGUAUAUCAACACUGAGCGUAUAAUAACAAAUCAGAAUCGAGACAGACGAUUAAGAGUAAAUACUUUGGAUGUGCUCAAGCAUUUAAUCGAAAAUUUCAACCCAACAAAUUCAGACUCUCAGAUAGUAAACGAAUCAUUGAUCCAUAAUGAGUUUAAGAAUCAUGUUUUACACCACUUAGGCUACUUGUUUGACGCUCAUGCUAACAUACAUGAUAUGUCACUAGAGAUAAAUGAGAUUCAAAAAAAAAAAACAGAACUAAGAAAUAGAAUAUUUGAGUUGAAGAAAAGUCAUAUGAAUGUAGGUUCAGAAUUGAACAAAAUGAGAGGCAAUUAUCAGGACGAGAGAACAAAAUUCAAAACUUUUAAUAAAAUGGCAAAUAAAUUACAAUUUUUAUCUAGUACAGUAGAUGGAUAUAAAGCAGGAAAUCUUGAUUCUUCAGAAAAGUCUGAGCAAAUCAACAAAAAUAAAGAGACGAUUGACAAAGAAAUAUUUUCCUUAAGUAAAGUAGUCAAUCCGAACUCUGGCAUGUUCAAAAAAUUGAUCUUAAUUAAUAAAAAGUUAAGCAAGAUUGAGAGCGAGCUUUCAUAA